AUGUCCAUGGCUCAGGACUAUCUGUUCGGCGUCCUCUUUACCGAGACCGAAAUGCUAGCGAGGCCGGUACGCAAGCUACCCGACGGACUCGGCCAGUCAACGCCAGUGGCUGCAACCUGGAGAAGUUCGCGGAAGGUCGAGUUUGGACGAGGUCGCCGAAGCGCAGGAAGCUGGUCAGAGCAUGAAGAGCCCGAGACCACAAAGCCAGCGAGGCCGGUACGCGAAGCUCCCCGACGGACACGGUCAGCCAACACCAGUCCCCGCACUCUGGAGAAGAAACCGACCCCACGCGGAAGGCCGAGUUUGGACCAGGUCGCCGAAGGCGGGGGUGAGGCGCCGUCACCGCGGUCUCUAUCCCUGUCACUAUCCCUCUCUUCCGCCUCUUCCAUGGCACGAAGCAGCAAGAUCAGUCCGUCGUUCUUGCGCGACCCCUCGGCCGGAGGAACCUCCUGUCCCCAGGCUCCGUGCGGGCUACCAACAGGAAGGUCCGCCACGCCCCUUCGCGCUAUCGUACGCGGACCCGUAUCCGACGCACUCGCCAUAUACUCUGCCACGUCUUGGAAGCCUGUACCCGACUACUUUGACGACUUUUUGAGUAGCCGACGGAUCAAGGCGUUGAGUACCGAGAGGGACUGUCGUCUCGCAGCUUGCUCCGCUGAGGACGAAGCCGGUGCUCACGGCGCUGGAAUCUUUGGCUCCGGUGCAAUACUUGGCGUUGCUUCUUCCUCUUCCUCUAAGGGAGGAGUAUCUUGGGCCCAAACCUACUUACCGUCCGGCUUUCACUCUGUGCAAUACCUACCGGUUGACGUGGUCCUUUCCGUGGCCUUCAACGUUGAAGGCUACUUCAUGGACAGAGACGGCAAGCGUGCGGGACUCGAGUGGACGCCAUCAAGCAUAAUUGUCCACGGAAGGGUUUCUGACGGUGACGGGAACGAAUCGUCGCCCACAAAAAGACCUCGCCAGGAUGCCCUUUCUUACGACGUCUUGCUCGGGAAAUCGCCCGUCAAGAAGACAAAGAGUUCUGCCAUGCCAACUCGAUCUCCGAACUCUUCCCCCGCCGCUUCCAACUCUUCCGUCGGCCCUUCCAACUCUUCCACCGCCCCUUCCUCGUCUGCCGACACCUUGAACGACGUUUUCGGGCCAGCUGAGCCGUUGAGGAAGAGCAACCGCUCCAGGAAGGGCAAACAGAAGGAAAAUGGGAAUUGUGAAGAAUAG